GCCUCCUCGGUGGCGUCCCCUCAAACGGCUCUCUUUCCCCCCGCUCCCGCAUACAAAACCUCCCCCAAUUCCUAACCCUAAAUCCACGCACCCACCCCAAAUCCACCCACCACCAUCUCACGCGCCGCGCCCAACCGGAGAGAGAGAGGAGACAGGAGAGAGGCGGAUCCGCGCGAUGGCGACGCUUCAGCACCAGCAAGCGGCGGCGGCGGCUGCUGCUCCGACGACGACGACGGGGGGCGGGCUGCGCGCGAUGGACCUGUACGAGAAGCUGGAGAAGGUCGGGGAGGGCACGUACGGGAAGGUGUACAAGGCCCGGGAGAAGGCGACGGGCCGGAUCGUGGCGUUGAAGAAGACGCGGCUCCCCGAGGACGACGAGGGCGUGCCCCCCACCGCACUGCGGGAGGUCUCCCUGCUGCGGAUGCUGUCGCAGGACCCGCACGUCGUGCGGCUCCUCGACCUCAAGCAGGGCCAGAACAAGGAGGGGCAGACCAUCCUCUACCUCGUCUUCGAGUACAUGGACACCGACCUCAAGAAGUUCAUCCGCGGCCACCGCCAGAGCCACGAGAAGAUCGCCGCGCAGACCACCAAGAUCUUGAUGUACCAGCUGUGCAAGGGCGUGGCCUUCGUCCACGGCCGCGGGGUUCUGCACCGCGACCUCAAGCCGCACAACCUGCUCAUGGACCGCAAGACCAUGGCUCUCAAGAUCGCUGACCUCGGGCUCAGCCGCGCCUUCAUCGUCCCUCUCAAGAAGUACACUCACGAGAUCCUGACGCUGUGGUACAGAGCGCCCGAGAUUCUUCUUGGCGCCACGCACUACUCCACGCCGGUUGACAUGUGGUCCGUGGGCUGCAUAUUUGCUGAGUUGGUCACUAACCAGCCACUUUUCCCCGGGGACUCCGAGCUGCAGCAGCUCCUGCACAUCUUCAAGUUGCUGGGCACCCCAAAUGAGCAGGUGUGGCCAGGAGUAGACAAGCUCCCGAACUGGCACGUGUACCCCCAGUGGAAGCCCUCAAAGCUGUCCACUCUUGUCCCUGGACUCGACGCCGACGGCUACGAUCUGCUAGGGAAAAUGCUGCGAUACGAGCCGGCAAAGCGGAUCUCUGCCAAGAAGGCCUUGGAGCAUCCGUACUUCAGUGAUGUGAACAAGGAGCUGUACUGAAGCGAUUCAGCUAACAGGAAAUCCAUCCGCGGAGAGCCUUCACGACUUAAACAUGAAGGCAUAGCUUAACUUGUGUUUUAGCUUCUUUGGUCGUGUAACUUGGUUGCCCUGAAGCAGUGCUUUUGCUCCCAGGGCGGGCGAGCUCUAUCUCUGUUUUCUAACUGCUGUAUUGUGUGCUGCGCCAUUCACUUCGGUUGUGAUGGAUGACGAAUUGCUGUGACGAAUUUUGACAUGAUCGAACUCGUCUACGUGAGUGAAGUGAUGCUUCUUGCAAUUGUGAUGCUUCUUGCAA